GACAAGCUCUAAUCUGUGCUCAUGGUCUGCCGGUAGUGACAGGACUUCCUCAGACUUUUUUUCCCCCUUGGUUGGAUUAUAUGUGUUUUUUAGAGUAUCUGAAUGGCUCAGUGUGAGGCGCAAAAGAUUCCCAGCCCUGGGAAAAGUCUAGUGUGUCCUGGAAAAGAGUGAGGAGCGGAGGAGGGGAGCCAGCUGUACUUUUUCUCCUCAUCUUUCCCCGGAGUGCCGGCGUUUUUUUCUGUGGGAGAAUGGGGGCAGGAGCUAUGACCAUCUGUCACAACAAGGCGGCGGUGCAGGUUAAAGAAGACAUGAAGAAGAUGGUCCAGAUGCCCAUCCCGCGACCCAGGAUAGUCGCACCCAAGCACACCAAGGUGUUUGGAGCGUCUCUGUUUGAGUUGCGAAACCAGGGGCUGCUGGAGGAUGGAGUGCCUCUGGUGGUGCGGAGGAUGGUGGAGCAUCUCCGCAAGCAUGCACUGCAUCAGGAAGGUCUGUUCAGGGUAAAUGGAAACGUCCGUGCUGUGGAGACCCUGAAGCAGCAUUUGGAGGGUGGUGGUGAUGUGAACCUGCUCUCUGAAUCUGAUUCCUGUACUGUUGCCAGCUUGCUCAAACAGUACCUGAGAGAUCUCCCCGGGGGUCUGGUAGUCAUGACAGUCCAGCAGGCACUAAUACAGCACUACCAAGAGCGUGGUGGUGAUGAUGACACCUGGGCAGACGUGAGACACCUUCUCCUGCAGCUUCCAGAUGUCCACUACAGUCUCCUGCACUACCUCUGCCACUUCCUCACCCUUGUGGAGAGCAGCCACAAGGACAACCGCAUGACUGCCCUCAACCUCGCUACUGUGUUUGGACCCAGCGUGUUCCACGUGGCUCCUGGAUUUGAAGCACUUAAGGACCAGAACAUCUGUAACAAGAUCAUGGCCAAACUUAUCCAGAACUACAACAAUAUCUUUGAGACCAACACAGACAGAGAAGACUACGCAAAAGAAGAGGCAUCGCCUAUCAUUGCCGAGGAGACUCAAGUGGCAGAUGCAGACACAAAGAAUUCAUCCAGCCAUCUCGAUGCAAAGACAACAACCCCACUUACUAGGAUGAAAAUUGGCCACCUAAACCAAACAGGAAAUGCAGAACUUCUGAAGAAAUCCUGCACCAACGCUCGAAAUGCAAAAACAAGAAAAAAGAAGGUGAGGAAAGGGAAAAUUGACAGCAUGACUCAAGUGGUCCCCCAACCCAGCCUCUCUUCCAGGGCGCCCUACCACGCAAAACCUUUCUCCAUACCGAUAGUUUUGCCCCUGACCUCAGAGCUAAGGACCCCCAGCGCAGAAGCAAUGGAAACCACAUCCAUGUCUCACCAAGCCACCUCAGACACUGCCUCCCACGUCGACCCUCACGACGUCAGCCUCUCUGAAAGCAUGAAGGGCCUCAGCAGCUCCCAAGAUGAAGACAGACCAGUAUCUCCUUUCUACAUGAGUAACCACCUCUCGCCCGUCCACUACAGACCUGGUGUGGUAAAUUUUCUGGACAGGACCAUACGCUCAGCAGUGGAGCAGCACCUCUUUGAUGUGAACCCCUUAGAGGAUCAGCAUUCAGACGCCCACGAAUCGACCCCGUGCCCUUCACGGGUGACACUAACAGCGAGGCAGAGACGUAGGCACCAAAGAGAGCAGCAGCAUCAGGAGGAGGGCCGGAAACACAGGGAAAAAAACAGAGCGCCUUCCGUCACAGGAGACACCAACAAGGAGAACGUCCCGUCGAGCAGCAGUUCAGGCAGCGUGGGGGAAGACAUGAGCAGCCGUGUGGACUCACAGGAAGGCCAGAGAAGUCACGCUGAGCGAACCCCCAAACCCAGGAAGCCAAAAAAGAGCCCAACUCUCAUGCAGCUAAGCGAGAACACGGCUGCCCACGCAACUCUUGAGUACGACUUCACAGUUGGCUCUUAA